AUCAGUCGAACUAGUUAGCUAAUGUUCUUGUGCAGUCUAUGUAUUAGUUAGUUUACUACAUAUGGUGAAUAAUGCGGUUUAACGCUUAGUAACCGUAUACUAAUUAAGAUGACAAGUUUGAGGUGGAAUAUUUCGAUAGUAGUAGUAAUUCAAUCUAGCUACAUGACGUGUAUUCCGUCAGUAUGGCAGUAGCCUUUUCGGUUCUUAAUACAAAGUGCUUGUUAAUUUGGGGUAGGUUUCUUAAAAAUAAAAAAUGAUCACAAUAUCUCUGGCAAGUUUAGCCAAAUUGCACGACUUGUUAUGAUCUAGCUAGCUAGACUAGUGACUUGUUAGCUGUCGAUCUGCCCGACUAGCUAAUUGACGAAUGUGGUUUUAGCACAGUGUCGUUUAGUCAUUAGUAAACAAAUUUGGUAAGGGUUGUUUCAUUAGAGAGCUAUAACGUUAGUUGUUUUGGGUACAAAUAAAAGUCUCCUCGAGUGAAAUCUGUGUUAACCCAGUAACAUGACACAAAGAGAGAAAUCUACAAGCAGAGGGACUGCGCUGGUGACUCUUCUUGGGUAAAAGAAAAGGCAGGUUCUGCAGCAGAUUGGCCAUCGGAGGCGAUGUCGAGCAUAGCCAUGAAGAAAAAGGUGUUGCUGAUGGGAAAGAGUGGGUCAGGCAAGACCAGCAUGAGAUCGAUCAUCUUUGCCAACUAUAUAGCCCGGGAUACCCGCCGGCUCGGUGCCACAAUUGAUGUAGAGCAUUCCCAUGUGCGUUUCCUCGGAAACCUGGUUCUGAACCUGUGGGAUUGUGGAGGGCAGGACACCUUCAUGGAGAACUACUUCACUAGUCAGCGGGACAACAUUUUCCGCAAUGUGGAGGUGCUGAUAUAUGUGUUUGACGUGGAGAGCCGUGAGCUGGAGAAGGACAUGCACUACUACCAGUCCUGCUUAGAGGCCAUCCUGCAGAACUCCCCUGAUGCCAAGGUCUUCUGUCUGGUGCACAAGAUGGAUCUGGUGCAGGAGGACCAGAGGGACCUGAUCUUUAAGGAGCGUGAAGAGGAUCUGAAAAGACUGUCCCGCCCUCUGGCAUGCACCUGCUUCAGGACUUCCAUCUGGGAUGAGACUCUGUACAAGGCCUGGUCCAGCAUCGUGUACCAGCUCAUACCCAACGUGCAGCAACUGGAGACGAACCUGCGCAACUUUGCGCAGAUCAUAGAGGCCGAUGAAGUUCUCCUGUUUGAGAGGGCCACCUUCCUGGUUAUCUCUCACUAUCAGUGUAAAGAACAGCGGGAUGCCCACCGUUUUGAGAAGAUCAGCAACAUCAUCAAGCAGUUUAAACUGAGCUGUAGCAAACUGGCAGCUUCCUUCCAGAGCAUGGAGGUACGGAACUCCAACUUUGCUGCAUUCAUCGAUGUCUUCACCUCCAACACAUACGUUAUGGUGAUCAUGUCGGACCCCACUAUACCCUCUGCAGCCACGCUCAUCAACAUCCGCAAUGCCAGGAAGCACUUUGAGAAGCUGGAGCGCGUGGACGGACCCAAACACAGUCUGCACAUGCGCAUGCGCUAGGACCGCCAGCAUCUGGCCCCUCCUGCAGAGUUCGGCACAGCUACUCAGCCAAUCAGCCCCAAGAGAGUAGUUCUGCCAGUCUGAGUGGGCUUGCUUCAGGACCUGAGACCAAGACAUGUGCCACCGUCUCACUCAAUCACUCUGUCUUUUCUACCACGAUGAAGGAAGUCCUCAAAGUUAACAGUGCUUGAAAGGUUUGUGUGGAGGGAAAUGUUCAGUUUGUACACAGUUCUCACAGGAAGUAGUUGAUCUGUCUACAAGGACUAUGAUGCCUUUCUUUCAGAUAUUUGGUUGCCUUUUCAUUGAGGAACAGUGUUUUUCUGUGAAAAUGAAAGUGUUUGAUUUGGUUUUUAACUCUGAAAGAGUUCUAUAUUAAUUACCCAUGUCAUCAACCUAAGACCCAUUUUAAGCACAGGAGUGUUGUCACAUACUAUCAAGUUUAUAAAAUGAAAAUAUGUUGGAGGGGUUUUUCCUGAAACAUUUUCGCUCUUUUAGUUCUGUACUCUAUAGUUCGCAAAGGUCUGAUUUGAACAGCAGUUGGACUGCCAAUUCAAGUUUUUUGGGGAAUGUGGGUUUUGACAAAUGGAUCAAAACAACAAUGGUCAUAACCACAUGUUGGACUGUUCUAUGCUAAAUUUACAUUAAAUUUCGUAUUUACAUUACAUUUUGUGAAUUUUGGAUUGCCAAAUAAAUAUGCAAAUAAGGGA